UCAAUUUUACGAAUUCAAUUAUUCUAAUUUCAACAUUCAUUAUGUCACAACAAAAUAUUGACGUAAAACCUAAAUUUUGCGAACAAAAUGUUCCGCUAAAUACUUUAUUACAAUUAAUACCGGAUUUCGAUACAACUCAAUCGGGUCAAGUAUAUAAGUUCAUAAGAUCGUGCGAUUCAGCUUUUAAAUUAGCAAGUCUAGAGCAGGAAGAAAUUUUAUUAAUUUACGCUUUAAACAAAAUAAGUGGGAAUACUUCUUCUGAUAUCCACGCGAAACUAUACUCAAACUGGGACGACUUAAAAACGUUCCUUAUACAAAAAUUUUCGCAGACAAAAACUCUUUCACAUCUAAAUCUCGAACUACAAUCACUCUUUCAGAAACCAAAUGAAUCGGUAACGGAAUUUUUCCACCGCGUAGAUUUAUGUAGAAAUAAAAUCUUAGAAAAAUUAACAACUGAAGUGGUAGAUGCGACAUUAAUAGGACGGAAAACUACUACGGAAGAAACAGCUCUGAACGUUUUUAUUAAUGGAUUAAGUUCUGACAUAGGUGUAAUGUUAAGAACAAAAGGUUUUGAUUCAUUAACUCAUGCUGGAAACUUUGCAAUUCAAGAAGAAAAAAUUCGAAAAAUGAAUACGGCUAGGCAAAGUUUGUUUAAAAAUAGUCGAAUAACAACACCGCUAUAUAGCAAUGUCGUUCGUCAACCACCUCAGAUCAAUCAACCUCAAAUACAUAAACCACCAGAUAAACAUACUAUUAAUACCAAUCCGCGAAAAUUUAUUAUAUGUAAUUAUUGUAAAAAACCCGGACAUCAUAUAACUAAUUGUAGAAAGAGAAUAUUUAAUAAUAGUCGUAAUAACCAAUUUCCGCGAAAUAAUCCGACUCCAGCUCGAGUAAAUCAUUUAAACUUGCAACCGGCCGAGCUGACGGGCACAGUUUCGGAAACGGUUCCCACGUAUUGCCCAAAUAUUUCAAUGAUCACCGAGGGUCAGGAUAUUGCCCUAGAACCUCAAAUAAACGAUCUUCAAAUUCAGUAAAAUUCAAUAGUAAUCAGUGUCAUACUACAUUAUCUAAUACAAACAUCACUACACAAGCGCAAACAAUUCCAGUCCAUCGGGGACAAUUAAGCGAUGUGUGUACUUGUGAUAAUAAAACCACGAUAGCUACUAAGUCAAACUUAGAGCUCUCUGAAUCAUUAAUCAUUAAUCUCACAAAGAUCACUGAAUCUCUUAUAAAGGUCACAGAAACCUUACUAAAUCAAUCAAAGAAACCUAUUAACUCUGUAGAUUGUAUCACUAAUUCCACUAAUUCUGAAAAAGAUCAAUGUCUAAAACCUAUAUUAAAAGAAUCUAAUUCAAAUCCCAUGCGCAAUCAACAAACUACAAAGACUAAAAAAUCAAAAAAAUCUCGUAAAUCGAAACAAAAAUCAAAAAUAAAACUAAAAUCGAAUCAAAUAAAGAAAAGAGCUUAUCCUAAUGAAUCUUACAAUAUCUCUACAUUAAAUAUACCUCCUGAAAAUCUUUUGCACUGUAAAUUUCAUAUUGAUGGCCAACCAGUUACGUUAUUAGUAGACACGGGAGCAGCCAUUUCAGUUAUAAAUAAAAAUAAAAUCGGUAAAAAUACCAUCGAUACAUCAAACGUCGUUUCUAUUAUUGGUAUCUCUAAUGAAAAUUCGCCUUUUCAAACAUGUGGCACAUCCCACAUUUCAUUAGAUCAAUUUCCAAAAUUUAAAUUCCAUGUCGCAAAUUUAAACAUACACGCUGAUGGUAUACUCGGUAAUGAUUUCAUGUCAAAAUUCAAUGUCAACAUUUAUAUUCAAUCAAAAACGAUGCGAAUACAUGACAGGACUUAUCAGUUGUUCCUUCUGGGAGAUGAACCAAAGUACUUUGAUAAUGGUAAACAAAUUAUCAAACGUCGUUCGG